AUUCACUAUAUCUGGUCUGCCGCAGUACACAGAAAAUGGAAAUGCAAUUAUUUUAGUAAAUAUAAACUGCUAACUACCUUUUCUUCUUCUAUCAGUGUCCAGCAGAGCACUGGGUAAAUCUUGUAGGAGUUUUCAUUCUCCCCCGAUUGUCCUAUGAGGCUGCAUAACCCCUGUCUGGAUAGUGCCGAUUGGCCCUGUGCUGAUCACAUGCACUCUCCCAAGAGAAACAAAACCUGCUCUAGCAAUACACACCAAACUGAGCAUGUGCACCUUGCCCCAAGGCUCUGUUCUAUCAGCAGAUGGAUUGGGGACAGUAGAAGGGAAGAAUCAGAGAAGAUAGGAUCAAACAUCCUUUUUAUGCAAUGCAGAGGAUUAACCCCUUAGGUUCCACAGUGAGUAUAACAAGCACGCGUUACUGCAUAUACAGACUGAUUUUACUGUUGUGGGUUUAG